CACGCGCGCGCGCGCGCGCGCACACUCUCUUUCUCUCUCUCUCUCUCUCUCGAUCUUUCUCUAUACGUUUCUAGAAGUCUCUUCGCGGUUACAGGGCCAAUCUUGGUUCCCUUUACUCUCUCUCUCUCUCUCUCUCUGUAUCUCUCCUACACACAUAGAAGCUACUCAGCUCAAGGCAAUCGAAUCGUUUCUAAGCUUGCGAUUAUAAUGUCGAAGUUGUUUGGAGGGAAAGAUCCAUUUGAUGACCCCUUCUUCACUCACCCAUUUGGUGGCAUGUUUGGUACCCUAACUGACUCUGGAAAUCGAUCAAAGGAAGUAACUAUUGAAGAAUUGGACUCAGAUGGGAACCCUCUGAAUCUGAACCAUUCUGAUCAGCCAAACAAGGAACUAAUUGUUAAGAACCCUAAUGCCAAAAAUGGUAAUGGGACAAAGAGUUUCAGCUUUAAGAGAGUUGCAUAUGGUGGUUUGAAUGGGAUAUAUUACACUGCCUCUGUCACUAGAAAGACUGGUGAUGAUGAGGUGGUUCUGAUGGAGAUCAAUGAGGAAGAUAAGACAGUAGGGGAAGCGCUGAAUACAAUUUCUAGAGGGGUCCACGAUAAGGGCCAUUCAGUUACGAUGAAGCGUACUUCAGAUGGUAAAGUGGACACAAUGCAGACUUUACACAACUUGAAUGAAGAUGAGCUUGCGGGAUUUGAAGAGACUUGGAAAGCUAAUGCUCAGAAUUUGCCCCCUGACUGGAACAGCGGGUUCAAUUUGCUUGAGAAUGCAGAUGCCAGCCGCAUUGGAUGGGAUUGGUGGCCAAAGUGGGGUGGUUGGGCUCUUCCAUCUACAGAGCAGUCGGGAGAUGCUGGAGGAACCGGGCCUGUCGUCGAAGCUGGGACUUCUUCCAGGGGAAGAGCCAAAAAGAUUGUUCGAGUCAACAUAGAAUAGACCCAAUCUGGACGUGUGUGAAGAGUUGAGUUAAUCCUGAAUAUGACCUCAAGUAGUAUUAGGACUCAGUGCUUGCCCUCUCUGUAAUUAAGCUUUGGCUAAGACAUGAUGCACCUUUAAUAUAUCAUGUUAAUAUCUGAAGUUUAUGUAUCGUAAAAUUUGAAUUAUUAUCCCUUUAUCCGUGUGUAUGCAAAUUACUACUUGUGGGCUUGUUUCCAUU